AUGCAGAACACCACUGGGAGUACGGUAGUCGGCACAGGCUCGGGGGACGUCACGUUUAAUACCAUCUCGGCUGUCUGCUGGUCCGUGGUCGCCCCUACCUCCAUUGUGACCAACACCUUCACGCUACUGGUUGUGCACCGCACAGCCAGCCAGCAGGAAGAUGUAAAUCACAUCUUCAUCGUGGCCAUCAAUUUCACCAUCCUGCUGGUCUGUUUGUGCUUUGCUCUCCCCGCCACUAUCAGCGCCAUUGCCGGCGGUCGGUGGAUCCUGGGCGGUUUCCUGUGCACGGCCCAGAGUCUGCUGAUGGUCUACCUGCACUGCGUCAGCGCGUUGUGGCUGUUCACUUACUGCCUGGAGAGAUUCGUUUUCCUCUUGUACCCACUGCGCUACCCAAGACUGAUCACCGUGGAACGCAUCAAACGCCUGGCCGUGGGCAUCAUCAUCAUACCCCUCGUGAACAUCCCCCUCACUGGGUUUUUGUCAGAGUGGAAAGGCGUGUACAUCCCCUCGUGUCACGUCUGCGCUCCUUACUCCGAACCUGUUCUCAACAAAGCACUGUUCUUAUCCUUCUACGUCCUUCUCUCCGUCGUGCCCUCUGUGGUCGGCUACAUCGUCCACAUCGCGCUCUUGCUGACGGUUCGGCAGCAUCUACGGCGCAUUGUCGCCGGGAUACCACGGUCAUCGUCGGGUGUCACCCAGAAUGGUGAGCGUACGACCAACGACAGAGCCGCCACUGCGGCCGACCAGCGACUCCAAGUCGCCCAGUUCGACCGCAAGAUUCGCGUGAAUAAAUCCCACCUGAUUCUGCUGACCAUCACUGCGCCGUUUACGAUCGCAGUUUAUCUGAUCCUUGACCUGUCUUUCUUUGGCUACGCGAUACCGAAGUAUCUUGUCCUGGUAGGGAAUAUUAGCAUCUUCACAGCGCCGACCUUAAUCGGACUUCGAGCCAUCUUCAGCAGCAGGGUUCUCAAGCAAAAUGCCCAGCAGCUUUUCCCCCUUAAUUGCCGUCUGGGUCGGCAAUAA